AUGUCCACAGCAGAUUUGAUGGAGAAUCUCAGGGAAGAACUGACUUGUUUCAUCUGUCUGGACUAUUUUACCAGCCCAGUGACCACCGAGUGUGGGCAUAGCUUUUGUCUGGUGUGUCUCCUGAGAAGCUGGGAGGAACAUAACACUCCUUUGUCUUGUCCUGAGUGCUGGAGGACCUUGGAAAUCCCGCAUUUCCAGCCAAAUGAGCGUUUGGGGAGGCUGGCUGGCAUCGGCAAGCAACUCAGAUCCCAGGUGCUGCAGAGUGAGGGCAACCAAGGUGGCUAUGAGAGAAUGCUGGCAGCCACUAAGGUGUUGUCUGAUCAUGAGCAGGGCGCAGAUGAUUUCUCAACCCAAGGUCAUGGAAUAAACAGAGUGAAUCUCUCGAGUGAGGCUGAAGAGCAUCACAAAGAGAAACUCCAGGAAAUCCUAAAUAUUUUGCGUAAAAAGAAAAAGGAAACUCAGAUUACAUUAACCCAUGAGAAGGAGAGAGUGAUACUGUGUAAGGAAGAGACAAAGACUUGUAAACUGGUUGUUGGGUCAGAAUAUGCAAAAAUGCACCAGUUCCUGAAGGAGGAGGAGCAGCUGCAGCUCCAGCUACUGGAAAUGGAGGAAAGAGACAACCUGAAGAAACUGCGGGACAAUGAGAUCAAGCUGACUCAGCAAAUGAGAAGCCUAAGCAAAAUGAUCGAACAGACAGAGUCCGCGUGUAAGAAUUCAACUAUAGAAUCUUUUGAGGAUGUGAGAGGAAUACUGGAAAGGAGUGAGCCUCUCUUGCUUCAGUGUCCAGAGGCCACCACCACAGAGCUGACUCUGUGCCGCAUCACUGGAAUGAGGCAGAUGCUGAGAAAAUUCAGCACAGAUAUAACUCUAGAUCCAGCCACGGCCAAUGCCUAUCUCGUCUUGUCUGAGGAUCUGAAAAGUGUGAAACAUGGAGGAAUCCGACAGCAGUUACCUGACAACCCAGAGAGAUUUGACCAGUCUGCAACUGUGCUGGGUGCUCAGCUCUUCACCUGCGGGAGACACUACUGGGAGGUGGAAGUGGGCAACAAGACCGAGUGGGAAGUGGGCAUCUGCAAGGACUCAGUGAGCAGAAAGGGGAAUCUCCCCAAGCCACCUGGGGACCUCUUCUCACUUAUAGGUUUAAAAAUUGGAGAUGAUUAUAGUCUUUGGGUCUCAUCACCUUUGAAAGGUCAACAUGUUAGAGAGCCAGUGCAUAAGGUUGGUGUUUUCUUAGACUAUGAGUCUGGACAUAUAGCAUUCUACAAUGUGGCAAAUGAGUCCCUCAUCUACAGCUUCCCUCCAGCCUCUUUUCAAGAGGCUCUCAGGCCCAUCUUCUCCCCUUGCCUCCCAAAUGAAGGGACAAACACAGGCCCUCUUACCAUCUGCUCACUGAAUAACCACGUCUGAGGGAGAUGCCCCCAGUCUUCUCUGAGAAUGAGAUCUAAGACCAAAGGAUGACUAUUAAUUAGGAUGAUUAAUGCAUUGACAGUAUUGACAUCAGGUGAUCUGAAACAAAAGCCCCUAACCCUGCCCCAAGAGUUUCAAUUAACUUGAGCUC